AGUAAACGUGACCUCGUCCACAGGCUCUGAAGCGAACAAACUGUGAACGCGUAAUGAUAGUUCAGCAUUUCCACCACUAGAGGGCAGGAGCCCCCAAUUCGUGAAAAGAGAGGAAGACGCCGGUGCUCUUCUUCGUUGCAGCAACGUCUGUAGACAUUUAGAGGAAGGUGUUUCUUCAUGGGAGCCGUUCAGCUGUUCUCUGGAUCCUGCUUCCGGCUUCGAUUUGGUCACGUCUGCCAUUCCCAAAUACACAUGAGUGCUCCUUUCUCCUUGAGCUGGGCCGAGCGCCAUGCCUGACCGGGAUAGUUCCUACCUGUCAGGUGGUGGUGGGAGCGGUGGUAGUCUGGGUGAAGAAGGGGGACCUGGGUCUGGUUUGACAGGGGGUGCAGCAGAGGGCAGAGGAGGAUCCGGAAGUAGUGUUGGAGGAAACGUCUCAGGUUCUGGGGGCAUGGGUGGAGGAGGAGCACUCGGAAACGGCAACAGUUGUGGGAACAGCGGAGGACAAGGUGCGGGACUGGCCUUGGACGGCGUCUGCAGGGACUUCAUACGCAAUGUCUGCAAGAGAGGGAAGCGCUGCCGCUUCAGACACCCGGACUUCAACGAGGUGCCAGAUUUGGGAGUGCAGAAGAAUGAGUUCAUCUUUUGUCAUGACCAUCAGAAUAAGGAGUGUAUGCGUUCCAACUGCCGCUUUGUCCAUGGAUCUAAAGAGGAUGAGGACUAUUACAAGAAGACAGGAGAACUGCCUCUCAGACUAAGAGGGAAAGUUGCAGCACGGCUGGGCCUGUCUCCCAUGGAUCUCCCCCAUAGCCGCGGUGAGGUUCCCAUCUGCAGAGACUUCCUGAAGGGAGAGUGCCAGAGGGGCAACAAAUGUAAAUUUCGCCAUGUCAAAAAAGACUGUGAAUACGAACCAUCCAGGGUUGGUGUGGGUGGCGUUAUGGGGCCGGGUGUCAGUGGAAUGGUGAAUGCUGGAGGAGGAAUAGGUGGAGGAGGAGGUGCCUGUGGAGGAAUGCAAGGACUUGUGGGAGGUGGGGCUGGGGGUGGAGGAAAUAUAAUGGGGACCGGCUGUCCCGGAUUAGGUGGUUGCAGAGAUCCAGGUAUCUCAGGUUUUGGGGGAGUAGGUGGAGGUGGGAUGAGUGGUUGUCUGUCCAUAAGUUCAUCAGGACAGCGACGCUAUGAGAGGAACACAUGCUCAAUGUAUGACCCUCUGAUUGAGAGCAGUCUGUUUGAUGCGGGUUCCUUGGAGACCUCUAUGGACCACACCACUCUACAGCUUAAGAGGCGGCGGUUGGAGGGGCUGCGUCUGACAGAUGGGAGCGGAGGUGGGCACUACGAGUUGGGAGUUCAAGCCACCUUGCCACCUCGUCCUCUGGAGUACAGAUUCCUAGAGGAAGAAAAUUCCCUGCUUAGGAAGAGAGUGGAAGAGUUAAAGAAACAGGUUUCCAAUCUCAUUGCCACAAAUGAGGUUCUCCUGGAGCAGAACGCUCAAUUCCGAAGCCAGGCCAAAGUGAUGACACUGUCUUCAACUCCUGCACCCACUGAGCAGAGUCUGGCGCCUCCUGUAGGUUCAGUCAGUUCCUACAACCACAGCAUCGCUCAGACUCACACCACCUUGAGCAGCGCUGGAUUACAGGCUCGGCCUGUCACCCAGCAAGACCUGGUAGCACCCACCGGUGCCCCUUCAGCACCUCCAACCAAUGCAGCCCCACCCACUGCUCCUCCGCCACACCUCAAUCCUGAAAUAACGCCCCUCUCAGCUGCCCUCGCACAGACCAUCGCCCAAGGAAUGGCACCUCCUGUUUCUAUGGCUCCGGUGGCCGUAUCUGUGGCACCGGUGGCAGUGUCCAUGACGCAACCUCUACCUGGCAUCACCAUGAGUCACGCCACCACCCCAAUGGUGUCCUACCCCAUUGCAAGUCAGAGCAUGAGGAUCACAACCCUGCCACACUGAAUGAAUGCAGGGCUGUUGUACCCAUGAAUCGAACUGUAGCUGUACUUUACUGGGUUUUCUUUUUUACACAGAUGGUCUUUUUUUCUGUGUAUGAGACUCAACUUGCAUCUGAACAGUGACAGACUUGAGAUAGACAUUUUCCUCCAGCAGGGGGCAGGAUAAGCGCUUAUCUUUCCCUAAAUCUGAACUUUGUUUUUUUUUCUGCACAUUGACUGACCUGUGAACUCUGAUAAAGGUCUUUGUACCAAAGGGAUCUUUUCAUACACGCACACCAGAAAUGGCAACAGACUUAAAGUCGUCUGUAGCGCGUGUGUGUGUGUGUGUGUGUGUGUGUGUGUGUGUGUGUGUGUGUGUGUGUGUGUGUGUGUGUGUGUGUGUGUGUGUGUGUGUAUAAACCAUUUUUGCAAGACUGCAGCAUUGUCCAUGUGAGGACAUGAAGAUGUUGGAAGCAAUUUGUAUUUUUGUGGGUUGCUCUGGUGUAAAUUAACUUUGGUACUUUGCACAUUUGAAACAAAAAAAGAAU